AAACAUCUACUUGACACUGACAGAAAAACGAUAAAAAAAGGCCGGCGUCAACAAAGCGGUGUCUGCAGCGCGUGCGGUCGCCAUGACAACUACAGUUUUGCUCGGUGGCGUUUGAACGUCAGACUGCAUAGAGUCAACAGGCAACUGCUGUUUACUACAGUAACGUAUUUUGAGAGGAAAAAUACGCACCUGCCAAAUACAUUCAGAAAUGCAGAGGAAUUUGCAUCUAGACGACAUUAUAUCAAAGAUACCAUCCCUUGACUCUGACCUAUCAUCAUCAGACAAUGAAGGAGAGAUGGCUGUUCUAAAGCAACUACCAGUGACUCACUUGCGGAAAGGAAGCAGCACGAACCUGGAGUGUCCAAAAGUCAAGCCAUUCACUUCCUGGACUGAUGAUAGCCAAAAAGGUGACUCUAAUCCUCAGCUUCCUGUGGGUCACGAAACAGAAGAAUCGCUGAAUGAAAAAGUGCCACAUAAAACAGAACACAAUGUGCCUUUGCAACAAAAAGCAAACAAGACUGAUUGGAUAGAGACCAAGUUCUGUCCUGUUUUAUCACUGACACCUCUUGAUACCUGGGAUCUUGGCCAAGUCCUUCAGACUCUACAGCAACACAAACCUCUUGUCAAGCCAAUUCAAUCCGAUACACGCAGAGGCAAUGACAGUGAAAUGAAUGAAAAUGAUUUAAUGAAGCAGCUGGUUGCUUUUUGUGAGAAGAAAGUAAAUGAGAUGGAAAUAAAGACACAUGUUUCAUCUACGAAAACCCAUAAUAUACAAAAAUCAUCCCUAAGAUGUACUGGGCGACUGAUGAAUGAGACAGAUUUUGAAGGGACCUCAGCACAAUUACAACACAAUCAAGAUUCUCCAACCAUAUAUAUUGAUUUGCGCAACAAUGCAUUUCAAACAAAACAAUCAGUCAUUAGCCAGAGUAACAGUGUCGUAAGUCCUGCAAACCCGGACAAGAAAAAGAGCUCCACUAAGAAGAGGUCUAAUGUAAGAGCAAAUGGACAGAAAAGAGAAUUUUCUGUGAAGAGUUUAUUACUCCAAAACAUGAGACAGUCAGAAGAAAGUAUGUUAGAGAUGUCUGGGAGCUGGAGAAAUCCACAAGAUUUUGCUGAGGAUAAGCAAAAAAACUCUUCAGGGAAAAGUAUAAAGGAAAACCAUGAUUCUGAAACUAGCUGCAGUGAACCUGGUAUUCGGCAGGUCAAUGUCUGCUGUCCUACUGUGAAACAUGACCAACAUAAACGGAGUACUCCAUCUUCUCACAUUCCAUCUGCUCAAAACAAGCAAAGAGAGCAACACAGUCAAAAAAUCAGAUGGCAGAAGGAUCUGAAGUUCUUGCAAGCAUUCAGACCUGAAUAUCUUAAUAAUAACGGUCAGGAAGCUGCUGAGAGGACUGAUAUUCUUUAUGAGCCUGAAGCAUCCUACCUUUCUUCGGUGAACACUCUACCUCCAGAUCUACAGAUGAAGGAGUGUUUGCUGCUGACUGUAUCCUUAUCCAGUCUUGGGGUGGUGGCUGGAAGAACGCAGAGAAAAACACAGACAAUGGAUUCAGCCUUGAUCAAAUCACAUGUUUACAAUGCACUCAUAGCAUGGUUCAUGUCUUUGACUGAUCCAAAAACCUGUGGGAGAAAAGGUAACAAGCUUGAUGCCCCUUUUUGGGUGGCUGGGCUGCAGCAGUUUUACAAGGAAGAUGGCUUGGCCUUGUACAUCUGUGCCAUGUCUCUCGAGGAUUGUCGAACUGGCUGUAGAAAUUCCGGGAUGAAGAAGGUGGAAAGCGACGAGAGCAUGUUUUACAGACGAGUUUGCAAGUUCUUUGCUCAGACGCCAUUGAAGACUGUUGCCUUCUGGGUACCUCAGCUUAAUAAUUUGCUGGAGGAACAGGCUUAUCCUACCCAUGUCCACUUGCCCUCAUCCUACCUGGACUGCUUCAUCUCUGUCAACCCAAAUCGAGAGGCUGUUGAAAAGGUCUUUAGUAUGAUCCCAAGUUUCUACUGGCAAACUCUGGAAACAGAAGAUCAAAAAUGUCAAAGCGCAGAAGUCACAAUUUCUCAAGAGUGUCAUACUGAGACAGCACUUGUUCUGAUAGGCAGUGCACUGUUUCUUAACCCAUUGGCAAUGCAUCACACACUUGAGCUUAUGUGGAGAUCAAGUCUAGAUGUAUGUGGUAUCCGCUUCCUCUAUCCGCCCCAAGAGCUCCUGACAAACUUUGCAGUCAGCAAGUCAGUUAUGCAUGAAGGGGAACAUUCUCAUCAGCCAGUGCUCAUCAUGGCUUUCCGGGGUCCUCACGCUAACUCAGUGUGGCAGGAGAUCACAGGGCCAUCAGACCCCCAGCUGGCAAGGCGGACAGAUCCGGCAUCCAUCAACGCCCUGUACGGUCACAGUCAAGACCAGCCCCUACUCUACUCACCCCAUCUUGCCAGUCUUGUGCAUCUGGGGCUCUGCUUGUGGUUUGGUGGUAGAAUAGCAAAAAACAGCCUGUCAACGAUCCAGGACUCUGGUAACAAAGGAGUCAGAUGUUCCCAUGUUCUGACCUCUUCUCCAGCAAGUGUAUGUGCCACAGUGAAAGCGGAUAUCUUUCUCCUUGUGUCUCCUGUGGUUGGACCACGCUGUUACAGCUAUAUACUAUCUGCAUGUGCAAAAACAGGCUUCAGUCUAUUGGGACUUCAAAGAGCGCAGAUCUCCAGGAAACAAGCUCAAUCUCUGGGACUCACCGCAAAGCAGGUAGCAGCAUUCUGUCACGCUCCCACAGUGUUUCUGGCUGGAGAACAGGUUGAGCUGUCCUCUCAUUGCCUGGUGCUGCUCAUGAGGAGAGAAAGUGCAGUUAGACACUGUUCCAGACUGCCGAUAGGUUUGAUGAAUGAGCUUGCUGCACAAGGCCUUAUUGGAUCGAUCCGUUCAAGAUUCACAGAUGUUCUGGGUCCAAAUGUCUGCUUUCACACUGUACCCUACUCUAAAACCCACCACAAUGUUCUGGGUGGGUGCAUGUGGACAGUGCCGGAGUGUAGCCACAUGGUCUUGUCCAGACACACAUAUCCCUCUUGUCCAGAUGCAGAGCAGGUGGUGAUUCUCACACUAACUGGUCAAAACAUUGUGGAGAAAGAAAUGGACUUUCUUCAGAAGGUUCUCAGUGGAGAUUCAGCAGGACAAGAAGGAUUUGAGUUGCUUGCACUAAAGUGGGAGCCCAAGCUGUCUCAGCAGCAGGCGCAAGAGUUGAGCCCGUUUGAGAUCGGAGAAAAAGAGUGGCAGAGCAGUGUGCAGAGCUUGACAUCCACUCCUGCCCUGGUUUUGGGUUUGAGGAGGGUGAGGGCAUUUGUCACCCUACGUAGACUUUUACCACAAAAUUACCCAGGAAACCUGCAUGUAUUGAUGUCUCCCACACCUGAGACAGCUUUCAGACAGACCUGCCUCUUCUUCUCUGAGGCAGAAUUGGUCCCUGAUCACACUAGUCGUCCAUCAUUGAAAUUCUUACCGCCUCAUCACAUUGACACUCCUGGUCUAAGAAGUCAGUUGCUUUACAGUUACAUGACAGUGGGCCCAGAGCCACUUUUGACUCUAGCUCUGUUUAAGCCUGGAGCCUGGAGCCAUCGCUUUGGUAAAAUUCUCACCGUAAUCAAACAGAACGGAUAUACUCUAGUGGGCUCACGUGUGCUUCUGCUGGACUCGAGCAUGGCAAAUGCACUGACACAUCCAUCAGAGCAAAAGGAUCCCAUUGAGGAGCUGGAGUUGAAGUACUUGAGAUCGGGCCCCUCGCUGGCUUUGGGUUUACUGAGAGUGAAUGCAGUAAAGAGGUUGUUGGAGCUGAUGGGCCCUGAGGAUCCUGUUGAAGCCCGUACCAUAGAUCAGACCCUAUGGAGGGCCCAGUAUGGCUCUGACAGGCUGCACAAUGGAAUCUAUGGAUCUCCAUCGUAUCGAAAGGCUGUAGAAGACAUAAAACUGGUAUUUCCAGAGGGUGUGUGCUGCAAUGAAACUUCAGUUAUGAGACAUGAGCAGAUAUCUUGCUUGCAUUCAGAUCCUGAAGCUAGUUUGGAUCGUGAACAGCUGCACACCCUUAGAACCACUGACAAAGACCAAUUUUGUUCAGGAUUCAGUCAGGUGCCAGUAGGGCCUUUGGUCUGCAGUGCUCUUUGUCAGACCACCUGCCUGCUGAUACCUUCCAACCUCCUGUGGCAGUAUCAGCCUCCUCACUACUCAGAGCUACUGCAGAGGUUGCUUAGGACAGGCUGCCACCUGGUGGCUGUCAGGCUCUGCACACCAGAUGAGAAACAAAGGCAGCACAUAUGCAAGUUACUGAGGUCCUCUGCUGGUGAAGCACUUCUAUGUGAGGGCCCCUGCCUUAUCAUUGCUUUGCAAGCAGACAAUGCCAUCACAUGUUUCGAUAUCAUUCUCGAGAGCAUUUGCAGAGAGAGACCUGACUUUAAGAGAGUUACAUUGAAACUUCUUUACCCAAACUCUGAAAGUGGGGCAGUGAAAUUGCUGUGUUACCUGUUUGAUGAUCUCUGUCUUGACAGUCAUCACCAUGUAGCACCACCAUAACCAGGAGUUAUUCCAUAAUAGGUACCUAGUGCUAAAUAUGUAGCUUUCUAUAUUUUCACAUGAAUGUGAUUACAGACAUUACUGGCAUGUUUUUACACGGAAAUGAAAAGACUGUCUUAAUCUUACUAGUGCACAAAAACAGUGUAGUGUUCCAAAGUAGCAUAUUUAUUCAAGAAUAAUCAUUUUUAAUUGCUGAAUUUGAAUCCAACUUACACAAAAACACAAACUGUUUUUAGUCUACUCUGUAACUGAUGAUUUAUAAGUACAUGAGGGAAAGAAGAAGACAAAACACUCGAGGCGGGUUAAAGAUCAAAAAUUAUUUAAUUCCCAAGAUGACAAAAAUAAUUCCAUGAAUUCUGUAAACCAUUGCAUAACUGCUGUAGAGUAGACAAGUGUUAACAAUUUUAAAUGAUACACUACAAGAGAAAGACUAUGCAUUAUAAAUAAUACCAUCUUAAGUAAUUCUAGUGAAGAAAACCUCUCUGGCCUUACACGCCAUCAAAACGUACAACUAUUCCAUAAAGAAGCCUCCAUAACUUAAACACAUAACUCCCAGUAAAUGGUUUACGGUCUUGUGUUGACAACACAUUCACAAAGUAUUAUAUUGACAGCAAAUUGUAUAGUAUUUCAACACUGAUUAGAAUAUAAGCUGUUCUAUAUAUUGAUGCAUACUGUACCAAAAUAAGGGAUAUGUUUCUUCCUUGCAAUAUAAAUGAUUUCCUCAUUUUGACUUUUGAGCUAAUAAAUCUGAGUUGCAGUUUCCUUUGAAAAUUGGACAUCUCUCUCUAUUCUACAGUUCUCCUGUAAAACCCUGAGAAAAAUACAUCUCAUAUUUCCAUCAAAUACACAAACUUGAAAACUGCAAUUGUGUUUAACUUAUACAUUUAUUUGUAAUGUAUCGCAAUUAACAAAACUAGUACUACAUCAUUAUAGAUUAACCGUUCUCUAUGUUAUUCCAGUGACCCAUUUUAUAUCUAAUUUGAAUGGUACAUUCAAUAUUCAGGGAUUUAAUGUUCGAUUAACCGUAACAUUAAUUAUAGGGAACAGUGGUUCCAAAAAAUUCUGGCUUUUAUUGUUAUUAUUUUAUCCUCUUACAAAAGUUUACUAUUGUAAUAGGUAUUUCCCCCCUGGCUAGUUUGCUAAAUUUAACCAGUUUCAUAUGUAAUAUGUAUAUACAAGAUUGCAUAAAUCCUUAGGUUCAAUAAAUCACACUACUGAUAGAGAACAAAAUUAGAAAAACAAAAAUUAAUAAAAGAAAAAUCCACAAGAAUGCAAAAAGAAAGAAAGAAAUGCUUAUUUCCACUGCAGAGCAUUAUGGUAAAUUUCCAAUACAUUAAUUUACACAUUGCUAAACAAACGAUUCCUUGGUGCUUCUUUAAUUACAGAUGCCUGGUCUUACAUCAACAUUAAAUGGUCAUUUUUGUUAAAGAUUACAGUUGGUAUUAAAAUGGCUGAUGCAGACAGGGGGCUUUUUGUGUGUGUGGUUCAGAUUUAUGGGACUAAAUGAUUACGAUCUGCCAUUAGUAUAGAUUUUGUACAGAAAAUCACUGUUAGGCAAACCAUUGACACAGAAAAUCAGAUGGAAGCCUAAACUCAAAAUAACUAGUUUUUAUAACAAUUCCAUUUUAAUUUUGUCGUUCAACCUUCAUGAACGGUUCAGAUGAGCUGCUACUUUUAACACACCCUUGGUAAAGAAUACCAUUGCAAAACACCUUAACGGUUACUCUGACAGUAGACACUGUAUACAUGCAUCAUCAUGCCGACUUUUCAACAUCAAUAAAUGUGUCUUUAUCAGAAUAAUCACUUAUUACUCAAACUGAAAUGUUCAAAGGCAUGGCAGAGUAGUUAAUACACUUGUGACUGGUCUGUAAAAAAGACUCUCGUGCAUUGAGAAAUACAGAUUAAAAUAUCUCAAGGCACUAAAAUCUAAGCU